AGGAGAAAUGAUGCAAAUUGAGGCGUAACUAAAAUGUGACAAAGUGAAGUGUUCCAAGUUCCAAGCGAGACACAACUAAUAAGCAAGCACCGUCAAUGUUGAAACCUUGUUUGUCCAUACAUGCCCAUGAUUCUGUUGUUGCAUGCACGUGGAUCAUUUUCUGUGUGAAACCAAACCCAAAUUUCAACAUUACAACCGACCCUCCAUUCCAUUCCCACCCACUCACCCAACUCUAACAACCCCCAUCACCGCCGGCAUGUUCGCCGGAGAUAUUUUCCGGCACGGCUCACCGCCCAUUAUUCUCACCACUCUGUUAUUCCUCUGCCUCGUUGCUCCCUCCCUCUCAGAUGAGCUUCAACCACUCAUGAAGUUCAAGUCCUCUAUCCAAAGUUCCAAUGCAAACGUUUUCACUUCAUGGACUCAAGCAAACUCUCCCUGCCAAUUCACCGGGAUUUCAUGCAAUUCCAAAGGUUUUGUCUCAGAAAUCAACCUUGCGCAGCAACAACUUGAGGGCACUGUUCCUUUUGAUUCGCUCUGCGAGCUUCAAUCGCUGGAGAAGAUAUCUUUGGGGUCCAACCACUUGCAUGGCAGCAUCAGUGAGGGGUUGAGGAAGUGCACCAACUUGAAGCACUUGGAUUUGGGCAUGAAUUUCUUCACUGGUGCAGUGCCUGAUUUGUCACCUUUGCACAAGCUGGAGUCCUUGAAUUUAAACUCUAGUGGAGUUUCUGGUGCAUUUCCAUGGAAAUCAUUGGGGAAUUUAACAAGUCUUGAGUUCCUGAGUCUUGGAGAUAACCUGUUGGAGGAAUCUCCUUUCCCUUUGGAGGUCUUAAGGCUUGAAAAGUUGUAUUGGCUUUACCUCACAAACUGCAGCAUCACUGGGAAUAUUCCUUUGGGGAUAGGGAAUCUCACUCAGCUUCAGAAUCUCGAGCUUUCUGACAACCAUUUGUCUGGCGAGAUUCCAGCUGAUAUCGGAAAGCUUCAAAAGCUGUGGCAGCUUGAGUUGUAUGAUAACUAUUUGAGUGGGAAACUCCCUGUUGGAUUUGGCAACCUUACUAGUCUUGUUAACUUUGAUGCUUCUAGUAAUCAGCUUGAAGGUGAUCUUUCUGAGGUGAGGUCCUUGACAAACCUUGCAUCCCUUCAGCUUUUUUGGAACAAGUUCUCAGGUGAAAUUCCAAAGGAGCUUGGAGAUUUCAAAAAUCUCACAGAACUUUCUCUUUAUGGUAACAAUCUCUCCGGUCCUCUCCCUCAGAAGCUAGGAUCAUGGCUAGGCAUGACAUACAUUGAUGUUUCAGACAAUUCUCUUUCUGGUCCUAUACCACCUCACUUGUGCAAGAACAACCAAAUUGAUGAACUAGCGCUCUUGAACAACACCUUUACUGGAACUAUACCAGAAACAUAUGCAAAUUGCACAUCUUUGGCUCGUUUUCGCCUCAGUAGGAAUUCACUUUCGGGUGUAGUUCCUUCAGGCAUAUGGGGCAUGCCAAAUCUGAAACUACUUGAUCUUGCAAUGAACCAGCUAGAAGGUCCAGUGACAUCUGAUAUUGUCAAAGCAAAAUCUCUGGAUCAAUUGUUGUUAUCUAACAAUAAGUUCUCAGGUGUGUUACCAUUGGAAAUCUCAGAAGCAUAUUCACUGGUGUCAAUUCAGCUAAGUUCAAAUCAAAUUUCUGGGCACCUCCCAGAAAACAUUGGCAACUUGAAGAAACUAACUAGUCUUAAUUUGAAUGGGAACAAACUCUCUGGUAUUGUACCAGAUUCCAUUGGUUCUUGUACUUCUCUUAAUGAGAUAAACCUUGCUGGUAACUCUCUUUCUGGGACUAUACCAUCUAGUAUUGGUUCUCUUCCAACCCUCAAUUCAUUGAACUUGUCCUCAAACAGGUUUUCUGGUGAAAUUCCAACUAGUUUAUCAUCUCUGAAACUUAGCCUUCUUGAUUUAUCAAACAACCAGUUGCUUGGUUCCAUACCAGAAUCACUAGCUAUUUCAGCCUUCAAAGAUGGAUUUAUGGGAAACCCUGGCUUAUGCAGCCAGACUUUGAAAGGUUUCAGAUCAUGUUCAGUGGAAUCUAGAAGCUCCAGGAGUCUCAGAAACAUAGUAGUCUGUUUCAUUGCUGUUGUAAUGGUUCUGCUUGGAGCAUGUUUUGUCUUCACAAAACUGAGGCAGAACAAGUUUGAGAAGCCACUCAAGACUACUUCCUGGGAAGUGAAGCAGUACCAUGUGCUAAACUUCAAUGAGAAUGAAAUCGUUGAUGGGAUCAAGGGUGAGAAUUUGAUUGGAAAAGGAGGAUCCGGGAAUGUCUAUAGGGUUGUGCUUAAAAAUGGGGUAGAAUUUGCAGUGAAACACAUAUGGACUUCAAAUCCAAGUGAGAGGGAAAGUUGUAGGAGCACCUCAGCUAUACUAAGGAGGAGUUCAAGGUCACCUGAGUAUGAUGCAGAAGUGGCCACUCUUAGCUCUAUAAGGCAUGUGAACGUGGUGAAGCUGUAUUGUAGCAUCACAAGUGAAGAUAGCAGUUUGCUUGUGUAUGAGUUCAUGCCAAAUGGGAGCUUGUGGGACAGGUUGCACACCUGCAAGAAGAAGUCUGAGAUGGGGUGGGUGGUUAGGUAUGACAUUGCAUUGGGUGCUGCUAGAGGAUUGGAGUACCUUCACCAUGGGUGUGAUAGACCUGUUAUACAUAGGGAUGUCAAAUCAAGUAACAUAUUGCUGGAUGAGGAAUGGAAGCCAAGAAUUGCUGAUUUUGGCCUUGCCAAGAUUCUGCAUGGAGGAGCAGGCAAUUGGACCAAUGUCAUUGCUGGAACACUUGGAUACAUACCUCCUGAGUAUGCCUACACUUGUAAGGUGACAGAGAAGAGUGAUGUUUACAGCUUUGGGGUAGUGCUGAUGGAGUUGGUAACUGGGAAGAGGCCAAUGGAGCCAGAAUUUGGAGAGAACCAUGACAUUGUGUAUUGGGUGUGCAGCAAAAUUAGGAACAGAGAAGAUGCUCUUGAAUUGGUGGAUCCAACCAUUGCAAAACAUUUCAAAGAGGAUGCCAUGAAGGUGUUAAGAAUUGCAACAUUAUGCACGGCCAAAAUUCCAGCUUCAAGACCGUCAAUGAGAAUGUUGGUUCAAAUGCUGGAAGAAGCAGACCCUUGUUCCACACCCAAAAUCAUUGUGACCAUUGAUGCUUAAGAGUAAGUUGCUCCAAAGAAUGGACAAUUUUUCUCUCAACAGCAAACAUUUGAGUGUUUCUCUUUGCUAAGCCUCACAGAAAGAGUGAUGAAUAUUAGUCAUUAGUACAUAUCAAUGCUUCUAUGUCUUGCAGUUGGAAUGGGAUUACCACUCAUCCCCUGAAAUUUUGUUAAAAAAUAAAAAUGCUCAUGUAUGAUAUGAACCAUCUGCUAGAGAUAAACCAAAAGAGGUUUAGCUUUGUAGUAUAUGUGUAAUGGUAAUGAAUUUCUCUUUCAAAUCGAAUUAUAUUUUCUCUGUUGA